CAGCGACAAGCCGAGCGCCUCAGACAGUCGUUUCGUUCUGUGGUGCUAGCAGCACAGCCAGCAACAACCAGCCGCCUGAAUGUAGAUCCGCAUGGGCUACUACUGUUCUAUCUCUCCGAAUAACCCAGCGGAAUCAUAAGAUAAGGAUCCCAGGAUGGUCUUAGUGCAUGUCGGAUAUCUGGUUCUUCCUGUAUUCGGCUCAGUAAGAAACAGAGGAUCCCAUUUCAACCGGCAACAGCAGCAGCAGCAGCAGCACAGCCAUGCUACCUCUUGCCGGCACUUCCAGUUAGGUCCUCAGGCUCCGCUGCCCAUGGACUUCCCCAUGCCCCACCCAGGGCAGCCACAGUCAGGCAUUAACCCCCACCUUGCCCCUCCAGGCCACCAGCAUGGCCCUCCACUACAUCCUCCCCUCAACACUCUGCCCGCCCCCCAGUUCCAGGACAUCCCUGCCCCCCCUUUCCUACCUCAGGCAUUACACCAGCAAUACCUCCUCCAGCAGCAGAUCCUCGAGGCCCAGCACCGACACAUCCUGCCACCCUCCAGCAGACGCACCCCAGAGAGAGUUCCUCACCAGCCCCACAGACUGCGGCCCGGGUACGAGUUUGCCCCCCCUCUUCAUGUCCCUCCUCAGCCUGUGGUGCAGCAGCCCCGAUACCUGGCUGAGGGUACAGACUGGGAUCUGAGUGUAGAUGCUGGGCUGCCUCCCCACCAGUAUCACAUCCAUCCGCUGCCGCAGCACUAUCAGCACUACUUGACCUCUCCUAGGAUGCAUCACUUCCCUAGAAACAAUGCCUCAACACAAGUGGUUGUCCAUGAGAUCAGAAACUACCCGUAUCCCCAGCUGCACUUGCUGGCUCUGCAGAGUCUCAACCCAUCGCGCCACGCGUCUGCUGUUAGAGAGAGCUACGAGGAGCUUCUGCAGCUGGAGGACAGACUUGGCAGUGUAAACCGUGGAGCUGUUCAAACGACCAUAGAGAGAUUCACUUUCCCCCACAAGUACAAAAAGAGAAUACCCCAGGACCUAAAGAUGUGUCUGGAUGAUGAGGAGCUCGACACAGAUGAGAAGUGCACCAUUUGUCUGUCAAUGCUGGAGGAUGGAGAGGAUGUCAGGAGAUUACCCUGCAUGCACCUCUUCCACCAGGCGUGCGUGGACCAGUGGCUGGCCACCAGCAGGAAAUGCCCCAUCUGUAGAGUGGACAUUGAGACCCAGCUGACCCCGGACAGUUGAUAGCUCCUGUCCACUCCUGCAGCUUUGGAUCUGGAUCUUGUUCAUUUUCCGUCGCCUCCCUCUGGGAGGGGGGAAGCUCUGCCAAACCGCCCCUCUUCUCCUCUCUGCAUCACUCUGCAAGCCUGCCUUCUGAGACAGCUGUGACGGAGGGAUCAACAAAGCACACUCACCCGCAACACAACGAGGGAUGGGGGGGGGUUGAUGCAUUGAAAGGUGGGCUGGACUGAAGGUUGGUUGAAUGGUCUAAUGGAUGUAAAAUGUAGGAGGAGCAGACAUGUAUGGACAGAUGUGCCGAGGCUUCACACGAUUCUGUCAGACUGUGUUUCCUGUGUACAUUUCUCCAUACAGCCACUGAGAGAGGACACUCUGACUGACUACCAACCUGUGUGUGCUGAAUUAAGGCCAUUUCUCUGCCACUAUAUCUAAACCCUCUCCCCCACAGGCCUGUGAAAAAUCCUUUAAGCUGCACUCUGCCCAAGCCCUCAGCACAUCUGUACAGAACAAUUUAAAAUGAUUAGCAUGAGGUUGUUUGGUGUGAACUCUUGUAGCUGAACGCUUGUUGUGUCAUGGAGUAUAGUACAGACAAAGUAUUUACAGAGUAACAGUGUUGUGUAGCAAGCAAAAGCCUUUUGAGAAAUAUGUUUGUGAAAAAUAAUCCUACAGAGAGGGCGACCACGGCUCUAACAGCGAGAAUAUUCAGUGUGUUCAAUCAAUGAGGAAACAGCUUGUUGUGUUAAAAAAGGCCAAAAAUCCCUCUUUCUUGUCUCACAUGGUUUUUGGAUUAACAGUUAGUAGAUGCCAUCAGAGUUGAUGCUAAACCCGCUAACUGCAGGCAUGGCUUCCAGUGAUCUGUGUAGUGUCGUAGUCGGGCCUCUAUAAUCUAGAGCAGAGGCCUCAGAUGUGCAUGCUGUAUGGCAGGCUUGGGCUGUGUCGUUAAUAUUGUGGAGCAGUAGAAAACAGGAACUGUGUCUGUGCAUGUGAACCGUAUACUAUGACUGAUGAUCCCACUCAUUCAUAGAGGAGGACAAGAAUGCACCUAACACCCCCCCCCCCUCACCUUCCCACACCCCUUCCCUACUCAUCCAGAGUAGACCAAAGUUGCCCUUAGACACCGAUCUCACAUCGUUGUAGCAUUUUUCUCCUGAUACUUGAGGUGUCAAGGAUUCAAAGAGCUGCUUGCAGAUCCGUGUCUAACUGCAACUCCUUUGUGUUGCCUCGCUCAUGUCAUGGCGAGAUCAUGACAUGAGAGGCCGGCAUGGGCUUGAGGAUGCAGUGCCUGAGUCUUGCCACCAGAGUGACUAAAAUCUGACAUUUGUAUGACCUUUUACCAGAACCUUAUUGCCUAUCGAACAAGCACAUGUGAUUUCUAUACACAGUGAGUCGCCUCUGUUGUGUAUCGGCUCCUUUUCAUUUCAAUCUAGGUUGUUGCUCCUGCUGUUUGAUAAAAACAAAAAAAACUGUGUCUGGUGUUACAGGGAAAAUACAAACUAGUUUGCCUGUGAUAUUUGCUAGAAUGUGUAUGAUUGUCCCCCACCCCCUUCCCCCAUGGUAGUAGUGUAUGGUAUUGCUAGAACAACUGUGAUACGUUCAGUGAUAGAAGCCGUUUUCUCUUUAUCAUGCAUGAACCAUGUCGGCGUAGUUCACUUGAAGGAGGGUGAAAGGGAGAAAAAGCCAUCCAUUUGAAAAAUACCAAACAAUUGUUCUUAACAGUAAUUUUAUUUCAAUUGUCUUUUUCUUUUCUUCCAUUGUUUUCUUUUCCUUAUUACUUGUCUGUCUUUUUUGUUUUGCUCACAUGCCAAUUUGGACAUGGUACUAAUAUGCCAAGUCCCUGUCCAUUUUAACCAUCGUGAAGAAAAAGCUGCAAUGCUGCAAAAACAUAUUUAUUGUUGUUCUAAUGUAGCUUGUGUUUUGUAAAUGCACUAUAAUAUGGAGUUGCCUGGUUUUUGGUUUGGUGGUGUGGGUUCUUCUUGUCCUAGAUUUUGUGUUUCUAUUCAGUUCCAAGUAUUUUCAUGCUUCCUUGUGUAUUAUCGGAGGGUAACUUGACUGUUUGUGUUGCGUUUUUUUUUUUUUCCUUUUCUUUUUUGUGUGUGAAACCUCCAUCCAAAAAACGAAAGCUGGAUGAAAAAAGGAGGUUUGCUAGUUCACAUAGAAUGCUGUGAUUAAAGAUGCCUUAAGUAUUUAACAAUCAUUAUUUAUUACUAACUGUAGCUAGCUAGCUAUCGUGGUGGAAUAUUUAAUGUCUCUAUCUCAUAACUUUGCAAUUUAAUCAAUAUAUUUAUUUAAAAUAACACAAAAUAUUAAAAAAAGAAUACCUCAUUAUGCAUUGGUCGGUGGGGAUGCUUUUGCAUGCCGUCUGUGUUUUCUUUUCAAAGGAGAAAAAAAAGAAACUUGUCGAAAGUUUGACUUUUUGGGGGGAGGGGGAGGGGGGACGGGGCGGGGUAUUUCCCGACACACUUUCUAGCCAGCAUGGUGCUGUUGAUCUGGAUUACAUUCCAUUCAUGUCACCUCUUUAUUUGAGUUUUGUGUUUCUCAUAACAUCCCUGCUUUUGAUUGAAAGCAGAUUUAGGGGAGUAAAACCCCGUGUUGUCUUAGUAUGGCUCCAUAAUUAGCUUGCUUUUGUUUUGAAAUACUGCUUUGUUUCCCAUAACCCGUCAUAUUUGAUUUGUUUAUUAUGUUAUUACCAACAUUUCUUCAUAUUCCAUUAUAUCUGGAUCUCAAUUCAGUGCUUCUUACUAUAAUUUAGGACCCACAUAAUGAGCGGUAUCAUUUGAUCUUUUGUAAUGCUUGCAAUAGCUUGGUGUGGGAUUUUGGGAAGUAUCUAACAUGCUAACUUGAGCCAUUGGUCUUAUUGAGCAAAUUUCUGGUGUACUGUGGUUAAACAAUAUAGAUAGCGUGUUUUACACCUGGGUAUAAUAAGCUAACUAUGUUUUCGGUGUGCAUUUCUUAUUAAUACUCUACUAAUCCUGCAAAUGAAUAUAACAUGUAUCGGAUUGGAAUGACGCUGGCUGGUCUUACUAUUAUUCUAAUUUCAUUUCGUGCUCUCACUGGCCUUACCCCACAUCCUCCACAGUGUACCCCAUUUACUCCAGAGCGAACUGGACAGUAGCCAUAGUAUUAACUCAAGCUGAUGAACCGGAAUGAACAGUAGAACUUAAAGCACAAGCUUUUUAAUGCAUGUCCUUCUCAGGUUUUCCUAUGUGUAUGUGGGAGUAGCUCUGUAGACGUGUUUAAUAUGAUGCUGUACCUUCUUGAAUAUUUCAGAUGUUUCUUUGCUGCUGAAAAAAUGUUGAUUAUUAACCUGCCAGUGAAAAAGGGAUGUGGCCAUCUUUGUACAACACACUGCUGUUUUGCUGUAACCGCGCAAUGUUUUAUGAUCUUGAGUAUUUUAUAGAAAAGUAGAAGUAUGUAUCAAUAAUAUGAAAGCAAUAGCUAAAUCAUAAUGAAGAAUAACAUGAUCAGUGAAUAUUGUGGAAAUCUUUAGAUUCACUCUGGGUGGAUUUUGUACUGUAUUUAUUACUAAUGAUGAUGCAAAAAGUUGCAUAGCUUAACCCAAACUGUUCUGUCUCUUUUUUAUUUAUUGUCUUGUAUAUGAUCUUUUUGUAUGUGUUUUUCAAAUAAACUGCCUAAAAUGCUGACAACUAA